AUGAGGCCUGAAGAUACUGGUAAUCAAAAAAAACAAGUAGAGGCACCAAAAGGAGGUCCACAAGGUAAUCAAAAAAAACAAGUACAGGCACCAAAAGGAGGUCCUCAAGGUAAUCAACAAAAACAAGUGCAGGCACCAAAAGGAGGUCCACAAGGUAAUCAACAAAAACAAGUACAGGCACCAAAAGGAGGUCCACAAGGUAAUCAACAAAAACAAGUAGAAGCACCAAAAGGAGGUCCACAAGGUAAUCAACAAAAACAAGCAGAAGCACCAAAAGGAGGUCCACAAGGUAAUAAAAAAAAACAAGUACAGGCACCAAAAGGAGGUCCACAAGGUAAUCAACAAAAACAAGUGCAGGCACCAAAAGGAGGUCCACAAGGUAAUCAACAAAAACAAGUGCAGGCACCAAAAGGAGGUCCACAAGGUAAUCAACAAAAACAAGUAGAAGCACCAAAAGGAGGUCCACAAGGUAAUCAACAAAAACAAGCAGAAGCACCAAAAGGAGGUCCACAAGGUAAUCGACAAAAACAAGGACAGGCACCAAAAGGAGGUCCACAAGGUAAUCAACAAAAACAAGUGCAGGCACCAAAAGGAGGUCCACAAGGUAAUCAACAAAAAACAAGUGCAGGCACCAAAAGGAGGUCCACAAGGUAA